GCUUGACAACACUCUACCCCUAUCCACACUGUUGAAUCACACUAACCAAAUCGGACUUGUUAUGUAUUGACGACUUGACUUCAAGUUUUGUAAUUCUUCCAAUAUUAUAUCUAAUUAUACUUAUCUAUUAUUUAUUUCGGUUGCAGCUUGUGAUUAUAUCUAUCCGUCAAUCUUAGUUUGUUCGUACUCAUCGACUUUCUCUUUUGUAGGCAUGGCAGGGAAGCAAAAGGGGCUACCGGGGUUUACACCUAUCUCCGAUUGGAUAUUCAUCCGCAAUGAAGAUUCAUCCGAAAGCACCGAGAAAGUACCAAGUGAUCACCCUACAACGAUUAUUAUAUACGGAUGGGGUGACGGUCACCCAAAGAAUGUCGCUAAAUAUGUCGAUGGCUACAAUAAGCUAUUCCCAGGAGCUCGCAUCUUGAUGGUGAUAUCAUCAACUUUUGCAGCUACAUAUCAGUCGCUUGACCAAAGGACGAAGGAUAUGAUGCCUGUUGUCGACACCGUGUUUCCUACUCCUGAUGAUGACUCGGCGAGAAUAAUUUUGCACAUCAUGUCUAAUACCGGCGGUAUUUAUGCUGCCGCAACAUUGAACGCCUACCAAGAGCGCCACGGAAAAGACAAGGCUCUUCCGCAUCAUCUAUGUAUAAACGAUUCUACCCCCGGCAGUCUUGACUUCGCCAAAGAAGUAGGACGGUGGUCGAAGGCAAUGGCAGUAGGAACGGCCAAAUGGUUCCCAUGGCCGUUUGCAGUAACGCAGCGGAUGUGGUGGACAUUCUUAUAUACAAUGUACCUCAUUGAGAAGGCCAUUGGAAGAGAGCCUUCCGGGGUCUAUAGCUCCAGGGUGUUCUUGGAUCACUCGAUAGCAACGCCUAAAGCUCCUAGAGCGUACCUGUACUCCAAGAAGGACGACAUUAUUUGGUGGGAAGACGUCGAAGCGCACGCAGAGGUAGCAAAGAAUAAGGGUUACAAGACGAUGUUGGAGAUGUUCGAUGACUCGCCACACGUCGGCCACAUGAGGGUGCAUCCUUCUCGAUAUUGGUCUACAAUAGAAGCCCAUUGGAAGACAACCAUGGCGUUAGAGUAAACCUUGAUUAUACCUAAUAGAUUCUGAACUACAAGUCUUG